AUGUCUUCGUCCGGAUCGAGCUCAGCUUCGGGCUCCGGAUCCCCUGCCGCUGCCUCGUCGUCAAUAGCAGCAGGCUCAGCAACACGACAGCUGCAACAAAACGUCUCUUCCUCUGAUCUGCCACCUUUCAUCAGCAGCACCAACGGCGAUUCGGGAGCGGCAAGCUCGCACAACCUCGACGCCGAUGCAUCCAACCAGGCCAGCACCAGCGCAUCCGUCCCUCUAGCAGGCAAACGAUCCCGCUCCGGCUGCCUCACAUGUCGAAAGCGCAAAAAGAAGUGCGACGAGACGCUCUGCGAAGAGACCGGAGGCUGCUGGCGAUGUCGUAAUGCGGGGUAUCAGUGCGAAGGCUUCCGAAGGGCGCCGGUCGUCUUUGCGCCUGGUACCGCUUCGUCGUCGAAAGGAAAGCGGACCAAAAGAUCUCCCGAGGCCGACUCGCCAGGCACAGGCAGUCGGGUCAAGCUCGAACCGGGGGCGAAUGGAUACGGCAACGGGCUCGCAGAUGCGCAGUCGGCAGCAUUAGGCCAUGCCUCCUUCACAUCCGUGGGAGCCGCGGGCGGCAUCGAUCAGGAGAGCCUCGACAUGGCCAACAGUCUAGCAGAGUUCGCUGGUCUCGCCACGAGUUCAGCUGCUUGGCCGCUCGCCAACGACAUGGCUGCCACCGGCUCCCACGAUAGCAUGUCCAAAGACGCCACUUCGACAUCAAACUUUAAGAACGGCGCACCGUCUUCCUACACCUCGUUCGCGCACCCGUCCAUGCUUCCGCCCGCUCCGCAACGGCCUCUUCCACCCGACUCGUCGCUGCUUCCUCUGCAAUCCCCCAUGAUACCCUGCGAGAUCGUCGGCGACUGCCUCUUUUCCGGCCACCACCUGUGUGCCUCUUGCUCUGCCGUGGCAAAUCGACUCAUGCAGCCCGACCCAGCGGCCCUCGCCGCGCUCGACGCCGACCUCGUGCAAGUCGCACCUUCGCUCUCCACGCCCACGGGAUCGCGCCACCAUUCCCCCGCCCUCGAUGGGUAUACGGACACGCACGCUGCCGCGCACCACGCCAACGCGAAAUCGCGCCUCGUGAUGGAGUCCCUCAUCGGGUAUUACAGCACGCUCAUCGUGUGCUGGGUGCAGGGGUGUGAUGUGCGCGGGCUGGAAGCAUCGACGCUGUUCCGUCAGCUCGUUCCGUACCUCCUGGACAGCGUCGACAAGCAUCCACCCCUUCGACUGUCCAUCGCGGCCGUCACGGCCGGCUAUGUCGGUGGAGCGAGACUCACCUGGCCCAAGGACGUCGUUGCCAUCCAUCAGUGGGCGAACACGCUUCGAGCCGACCGAACGAGCAUCGCCGACUGCGUCAAAGCGAAUCUCACCUUUGGCUUCCCCGGCACACCGGAUACCAUCUGGUCUGCGUCCCCUGGAUCGGAACCGCAUGGCAAGGGCGCGCUUUCGCCGGCCAACGUCGAGCGUCUGCGUCGCGCCUCGUCCACCCAUGCUACGCUCGACGAUCUGCUCGUGGGUCAAGCGCAGACGUUGAAACACCUUGCGGUGCGAUCGCUCGAACAAGCCGUGGCGGACUACAAAGCGAAGACCACCCGUGCGAUGGGAGUGAGUUUUACGGAGAAAGGCUUCAUCGCCGAAUGCGUGCAUGUCAACCCGCUGCUCAUGGCCUCGCUCAACAUCGCCAUCUACGCCUUCGCCGAGGAGGGGAUGACGAGCUACUUCGAGGAGGCAGCUCGAAUGCGAGGACUCAUCGAAACGCUAUUGGGCUCUUUCCCACCGGUGAACCUGUCCAAGUUGACGAGUCACGAGCAUUUGGGUUUUCGAACGUAUGUCUGGUCGGAUGUCACCACUGCCAUCGCUUGCGGGACGCGACCGCAUCUUCAACUCGCACUGUCGACCUACAUCACCGACGUGGAUGUCACCACGAGUUCGCAGGAUCUCACGUUCAGCAUGAUCGACGUCAUCCUCGUUGCGUUGUCGGACAUUGCGCGGUUGCGAUACGAAUUCGAUGGAGGGGACUUUAGCCGCACUGCCCGACGCCAAGCGGGGGUGCCGAUCCCGCAAUGGGUGCGGGAUCGAGCUAAACGCAUCCAGGCUCGGGCCGAGUCGUGUCGGAUCAAAGGACCUCUCACUACGGGAAGCGCGAUAUGUGCUGUGAUGACCAAAAGCGCAUGCAUCAUCCUGAUUCACACGCUCAUCUACCGUCUCGGUGCGCUACAUCCAAUCAUCGUCAGCCUGCUACGCAGCAUGUUGGAUCUGUGGACUAGCGCGGGGGAGAAGUACUGCAAGAGUGUGGGGUGUAGCAACUUCAACCUCCCCAUGUUCGUAGCGAGCUCCGUGGCGGUGAGCGAAGAGGACAGAAGGAUCUGCGAAAGCGCCAUGAAGGUCGUCGGCCACGAAGAGGCCGGUCCGGCGAGCGGAAGGGAGUUGAUCAGGGAGGUGUGGAGGAGGAACGAUGUUACGGGUGUUCCUUGCUUUUGGACGGAUGUCGUUGCCAGUGGCGAGUAUGCGGUUGCUUUUUUCUAG